UGGCUGAAGUGCUGGGGUUACCUUGCUGUGAGUCUUGGUUGGGUUUGCGAGGAGAAAAUCAAGAGCUUCAGGAGCUGGAAGUUACCUGUUGGUCCUCGUGCUUUGAGAAGGUGAAAAAUGAUGGCAACAAGAUUUCUUCUGCUUUUCUGCCCAUGAAUCAGCAAAAAGGGGGAAGAGGAAGAAGAGCUGGCUGUGGACAGUCCUUGCUGCUGUGCUGGCAGCUCUGGAUGGUGCCAGCAUUGGUGAUGGUGUCAUUGCCUCCGAGAAGGGGGGACUGGCAGCCAGCAAGCACUUGGACAUUUUGUGAUAGCCAGAGUGGCUGUUAUCUUGAGAGCUGAAGGCCAGAUGUGAGCUUGGCAGAGCUUCUUGAUCAAGUCCUGUUUUGAGCUGGUUGCUUGUUAAUUCCAAAGGUCGUGUUGAUCAUGGACAGUGAAGAAAUCCCUACUUUUUCGAGUCCAAAGGAGGAAACUGCCUACUGGAAAGAGCUUUCCUUGAAGUACAAGCAAAGCUUCCAGGAGGCUCGUGAAGAGCUGGCUGAAUUCCAGGAGGGAAGCAGGGAAUUAGAAGCUGAGUUGGAGGCACAGCUAGUGCAAGCUGAGCAGAGGAACAGAGAUUUGCAAGCAGAUAACCAAAGACUGAAAUAUGAAGUGGAAACAUUAAAGGAGAAACUGGAGCACCAGUAUGCCCAGAGUUACAAGCAGGUGUCGUUGUUGGAGGAUGACCUGAGCCAGACAAGGGCCAUCAAAGAUCAGCUGCACAAAUAUGUGAGGGAGCUGGAGCAGGCCAACGAUGACCUGGAACGUGCCAAGAGGGCAACAAUAGUUUCAUUGGAAGACUUUGAACAAAGGCUGAACCAAGCUAUUGAGAGAAAUGCAUUUUUAGAAAGUGAACUGGAUGACAAGGAGUCAUUGCUGGUCUCUGUACAGAGAUUAAAGGAUGAAGCAAGAGACCUGCGGCAGGAGCUGGCUGUGAGGGAAAGGCAGCAGGAGGUGACAAGGAAAUCAGCACCCAGCUCCCCCACUCUGGACUGUGAGAAGAUGGAUUCAGCUGUCCAGGCCUCUCUCUCCUUGCCAGCUACACCCGUUGGAAAAGGAUCAGAAAAUAGUUUUCCUUCCCCAAAAGCUAUACCAAAUGGGUUUGGUACCAGCCCACUCACUCCCUCAGCUCGAAUAUCUGCACUCAACAUCGUGGGAGAUCUGCUACGCAAAGUGGGGGCCUUAGAAUCCAAACUAGCUGCUUGCAGGAAUUUUGCAAAGGACCAGGCAUCACGGAAAUCCUACAUUUCAGGGAACGUCGGCAGCGCCGUGCUGAGCAGCAACGGCACAAAGUACCCAGGGCACACGUCCUUCUUUGACAAGGGGGCGGUGAACGGCUUUGACCAAGGGCCCCCCGGCCUGGGGGGCUCCCGACCGUCCUCGGCGCCGGGAAUGCUCCCCCUGAGCGUAUGAGCCCGCAGGGGCUUGGACUCGGAUGCUUUUCUCAGCCCAGCUCGAGAAGAACUGCUCCUGAUUCCUCCCCAUUCCCACUGGAACAUGACCCCGAGAGGAGACCCCGAGCCCGCGGCCCUCCAUGUCCUGUCAAUACAGUUUGUUUUCUGCUGUCGCUGUAGUGGACGUUCUCUGCCCUGGCCCCACCAGCUGCCACCCUCUGCUGUGCUUGGGGACACCGAGUCCUGCUGUGCUUGGGGACACUGGGUCCUGCUCUGCUUGGGGACAGGCAAGUUUGGGGACACCGAGUCCUGCUCUGUUUGGGGGACAGGCCCAGCCUCACCCCCUUGGCUUUCCCUCUCCUCUCAGUCUGACAGAGCCUUGGCUGCUCCUCUGACAGCUCCCCUGUCCCUGUCCCUGUUCCUGUCCCUGCCAG